AUGGAGGAAGUUCUCAUUUUCUGGUUGGCGUUUCUGACGAUCAUCAUCGUCGUGGUCUCGGCCCAUUGCGUUCUUGUCAAUAUGGCUCGGGGUUCUAAAGAUCAGAGGCUGAUGCCGGAAGGCUGGCUGGAGCUAGAUGCUGCGCGGGAGUGGCCUGGUCAAGAUGAAGGUGUCGAAACCAGGAUGCCGGCGGAAGCUCACCUGAAGCGCUAG